UUUAUGCACGCCAACACGCUAACCGCGCCCUGUAUACUACUCCUAUAUAUAACCCCAUUUCGAUCCACGUCGAACCACAACCAAGCCAAAGCAAGCAAGAAGAGGAAGCGAUCGGUGGAUGAGCGUGAGGUACAUGAUGAGCCGGGUGGGCGCGCGGGCGGCGCAGGCCGCGCGGGACGCCGUCGGCAGGUCCGCCGGCAAGGCCGACAGGGCGCAGCAGCAGUCCAUGGCCAGGGCCGGCAGGGCGCCGGCGGAGUCGGCGCGGGCGAAGGCGCCGCUGGCCAGGAAGGCGGCCGAGGACGAGGAGCGGCGGAGGCGGGCCGCCCAGGAGGAGUCGCUCCGCACCGUCAUGUUCCUCUCCAUGUGGGGCCCCAACGCCUAGCAGCGCAUGGAUUAGUACCGCUGAUUAUAGUUAGCAGUGUGCGUGCACAUGGUUUACGUGCCGUGUGGUUAAAAGUAACCCUUUCAAGUCUGUGCAAGCCUGUGUGCACAAGGCGGAUGUAAAGAGUACCGUAAAGAAAUUGUCCAUCUGGAAAAGUACUGUAAAACAGAGCAAAGCAAAGCAAAAAAAAUAGAAAACUGUUGUGUCAA